CAAAGCUCGCUACUCUCAAACGCAUAUAUGAGCGACGACACUUCACUCCUUGAACGGUGCGACGUGAGUCUCGAGAGACCGACCCGCAUGGAAAGCGAUCUAUUGGGGGACCACGUCCAGGACUUGGUGGAUUCUGUGCAUUCCUCCCGUCCCACAAGCAUGGAACAUAGAAACGACUCCUACGUCGAGGAUAUCCCUUUCCGCGACUCUUCUCUCCAGGAAAGUGCGGAAGAACCUGACGAAUCAAUCGGGUCCUGGUUUGGAAGAACACUCGAGACCCGCCAACAUGAACCGCAUCCGAGCCCCUCUGUACCCUCGUCCUCUCCUCCACCGUGGGGUCUAUCCAGUCCUCCUCGCGCAGUAGCAACGUCACCUCCGACCUCUCCACCUGAUGCGCCAGUAGGGACGUCUAAUACCAUCAAAGAGACCCCCAGCUUAACGGAUGAGUUCGACGGAUCACUUCCCGUACCACAUCGUCUGGAAGCUGAUGAUGCCCAGAUAACAACGGAGUCCGAUGGAAUCUCUCGGGAUGGCCGCAUAUAUCCUGACUUGACCGACUUUGCCGCUUGCCCCAUCCCCUCUGCCUCUCAGUCUGCUCUCGCUGACGAAAAGUCCUUGCUUUCUGCUAUGGCCACUGAGAGCACCAAGAUACAAGGCCACUUUCUUACUCCGCCUCCUAACUCUCGUCUUGAUGGCGGAGCAGAGGUUUCAGAUCCUAAAGACAGCUCGAAUCUCAAUGAUGUCCCUACUGCACUUGUUUCUCAGACGGCCAACCUUAGCAACUCCCCUCGCUUAGUUCAUUCGCCUCGCCCACUGUUUCCCAUUUCUCAAACAUUCACAACUGCUCGCGAUGAGGAGUCUACCAUCCUGCCGCCUUCGAGUCCUUGUUACCCGGAGCCGUCUCAUGCUCAUGACCUACUACUUCCGCCUUCUUCCCUGCCUGGUUCUCCUAUUUCUGAAGUUGCCCCGGACGCUUUUGAUGAAUCUUCUAGGACUCAUUCCUCGCCACAGGCUGCUUCUUCCCCUCCUCCGGAUCCUUUACCAGAGGUUCACAGUGAUAGCAUCCUUAUGGAUAUCCCAGACGAUGCCGAUGACACAUCUUCCUCGCGCAUUCGAUGCACAAUGUCGAGCCCUGGACCUUCGAUGCAUCUCAAUGAAUGCCUACCUAGCUCUUCCCCUCCGCCUUUGUCACCUUCACAAGUUUCUCCCAGAAAGCGCGCCGUCAGCCUCACCGAAACCGACGCCGAAGAAAUGGACGGACAGGCAUCUAAACCUUCCAAACGCCAGAGAAUGGAUGACGUCCGUUCUUCCCCACCUCGUAGCAGCACCCCGAAUCCAAAGAGGCCGACCCUCGCUUCGCAGCUACGUUCCCACAAGAAACUGUCCACGCCGUUCCGCUCUCCUCUCACGAGCAAAACGGCCACAGCGGAACGCCAGGUCAAGCUCGAGGACGAAUCGACUUCCACUCAAUCCUCCGCUGGACCGUCACGCAAAACCCCCCUUCCGACGGUUCCAAAUGUCAGGGCUACCAUCGCAAAGCAAGCUCUUGCUUCUCGUGCCGCCAAUCAGUUCAAGUCACCUCUCGCGCAGUCCAAGCCUUCUGAUGGUUCACGUACGGUGAUCUUGCCUACACCGAAGAUACAGGCCCUGGAGCGGAGGAUGACGCUUUUGAAACGUGCUGUGAAGAUUCAGCGAGAGGGUGACGAGGACCAUCUGGCGGAGUUGGCGAAGAAAUGGAGGGAUGCUGGCAGGGAGGCGGCGUACGAGCUAUGGGAACUUGUCAGAGACAUGACGAAGGGUGAUGAAGGUGUCACCGGGGCUAACAAAGGUAGCCAGUGGGGAUGGGGAUGGGAAGAAGGGGUUAAGAAAGAUGAGGAAGGCGAUGAAAAUAUGAGCGUUGAUAAAGUCGAGACGGAAGCUGAGAGUGAGGUGAAGGAGGAAGAGACACUUGGUCUCAUGCUGAGGAGGCUCGGUAUUGCACCUGAGACGUUGGGUUGGAAUGAAGAGUCUGAGACGUUCGAGGAGUAG